UAACAGGUGCGAGGGCGGGCACCGAUCACUCAUCAUCCUGUAAGGGAAAUAUGAUUCGUAUGACGUGGUUUGUGGAAUAUGAAUACUGACUCAGCACCACAGAAAAGACCGUCAGGUUCAGGUGUGAACACACAGUUGAUUGAGCACCGCACAGGAGAUAGGGAUUAUUAUAUAUAAUUAAGCAAGAAUACUGGAAUCAAUUAUUAAGUCUUUUCAUUCAACAUGGACGAUCUAUUCAGGACUGUCCCAGAGCAGGCUAUCCCGGUGGAAGCGCAAAUCGUUGGUGAAGUUCCAAAAUGGAUAAAAGGAUGCUUACUUCGCAACGGACCGGCAAUGUACGAAAUUGGAAAAGAUGCUUAUAAUCAUUGGUUUGAUGGUCUUGGGAUGCUACAUAGCUACUGUAUAGAAGAUGGCAAAGUCACAUACACAAGUCGCCACUUGCGAAGCCAGGCUUUUCUCAGAGGACAAGAGAAAAGAGGGAUAGCAAUGGCAGAAUUUGGUACUCCGGUUCCACCAGAUCCGUGCAAGAAUAUUUUCGCUCGCUUCUUCUCCCUUUUCGUCCCGCCUGAAAGAACUGACAAUUGUUCUGUAAGCGUGAUGAACAUGAAAGGCAAGGUUUAUGCUGGCAGCGACUCGCCGUAUUUUUUUGGCUUCGAUUCCCAUACUCUUCAAACCUAUCAGUCUUAUAACCUCAGAAAGGAUUGUGGCGUUCCUCUACGGAUGUUCUCUAUCACACCACAUCCACAUCAAGACGAAGAAGGAAGGGUGUACAACGUUGCAGUAUCCCUAAGAAACGGAACAAAGUAUAAUUUCCUGGAAAUCCCAAGUGACCCUUCACCGAUUCCUGAAAAAGAAGAGAAUCCUCUCAAAGGAACUAAGAUCGUUGCGACCUUUGAACCGAAGAACAAACUCUGUUAUUACCACAGCUUUGCUAUCACUCCAAACUACUUCGUGUUUAUUGAGAAUCCGUUUGUAGUGAAUGUAUGGCGUUUAUUGACCAUGAAGAUUAAAGGUCGGUCAUUUCACGAAUGCAUGAAGUGGGACGGCAGCCAGCCUUCGAGAUUUUAUCUCAUCUCGAGAAAAACCGGCCAGUGCAUCGCGCGCUACACCGUAGAGAGUUUCUUCGCCUUCCACCACGUCAAUGCCUACGAAAACGACACAGACGUCUUCGUGGACAUCUGUUGCUACCCGAACGCAAAUAUCGUCUAUCAGUACUACCUCUCGAACCUACGAACAAAAUCCGAGCACGAAGUCUCCAAGGGAUUUCCUGAGGGGACUUUGAGAAGAUACCGGGUCCCCGUACCACCCUCUAAGUGUAAGAAGCCGUCAUUCGAGCCUUUACCUACGUAUUCAGAUGGACAAGACUUUAAACUGCUGCAUUAUGGAAUAGAACUUCCUCAGAUAAAUUAUAGAUUUUUCAAUGGGAAGCCAUACCGGUUUGUUUACGGGCUGAAGCAGCGAAAACCCGGGGACUUCUUGAAUCAAAUUGUCAAGAUUGACGUGCUGGCUAAGACUACUAAGUACUGGGACAAAAAGUACUGCUACCCCUCCGAACCAGUCUUCAUACCAGCCCUGGGAGGCAGCGACGAAGACGACGGGGUCAUUGUUUCCGCUGUGGUUGGCACUAACGGAAAGAAGUCGUUCCUCUUGAUCUUAGAUGCCAAGACUUUUGACGAAGUUGCUCGUGCUAUCAUCGACCGCCCUGUAGCACACAGCCUUCAUGGUAUGUUCCAACCCAAUUCCCCUAUCACACCGGGAGUGGUCAAAAGAGCGUGGGUCGAGACAUGAGACCCCUCUCAGAAAAUUAUGUGACACAUAUGCGUAGUCACUAUAGCGUAAAUGGUAUUUCAGUAUCUAUGGUAACCUGAACCGUCACUGAGACUUUGUGACUCUCAAGAAAGUGCUUAGUGAAAGAAGCAUAGUAUCUCAGUAUAGAAAUAUAACGACGAGAAAAAAAUAUUGGUUUUGUUAAGAACUAUAAGUUAUAGUUUUGAGAUAAAAAAUGAAGAACAUUAACGCAGAAUUACUGUGCGGCGAUAAACUAGUAUCAAUAACCAAUCAUAUUGUGACAUCUAGUUUGAUAUUUUUAUCCAGCCAAUCAGAUAGCACAUCGAUAUAAUAAGAACGUGAGAACGCGAUAAUUUGAUUGGCUAACUCUGUUAUCAGUUCUAUUUCUGUCUAGCUUACUGUUAUCUGAUUGGACAGGUUUAUUCUCAAAGUGUUUGUGGUAAGUGAGUCUGCACAGUAGAGUGCACGCACUAAAUCCAUGAACAAUAUUUAGUACUAAUUAGUAGUAAUUCAUACAGAAUCCUUUGUUUCCUAUUGUUUGAUUACCACUAUUUAGUACUACAAAUUAGUAUUUGUUUCACGGGUUUAUGCGUGCACUCUAACUCAAUAGGAUAAAAUGCACACUUUCAAGAAGUACAUGAUGAUAAUAGUUUGGUAUACAUCUGUACUUUAGCGCAGAACAUUAAGAACAGUAAUAAUUCUCGAAUCAUCGUUACUGAUUGUUUUACUUACUAGAAGUUUCAAUAUUCAUUUCUGAUUUCGAGUGUUUUUUGAAACUGAUUUGCAAUCAAGAAGUAAUACAAUGUUCGCAUUAUGGCGUAUUAUUUGAUUUCCACUACCAUUAUGUUUCGCGAAUUUCCUUUCUUUUUGGAUUUACAUUCCCUGAUGAGAAUAGUAAGACAAUUGGUGCUAAUUAACUGAACAAAAGAAAGUGUGCAAGGGAGUCUGGUAAUAGAAGUCAGAUGACGCCAUCAUGCAAUCGUCCUAUUGCAACAAUCUACAGCAAUUUAUAUUUAUUGAAGAUUAUUCAUUGAAAAAAUCUAAAGUGAAUUUGGAAUUAAAUGUUAUUUUUUGUCAUUAUGCACAAAAUGUUGUAUAAACUAAA